CCUAAUCCUUAGAUUAAGCUCUUUCACACACCCAGAAAAGAGAUAUGGAAGAGGACAUGGCUUCUCUGUGGACUCAUCAAGAGGGCAUUGAAGAACUCAAGCAUCAACUGCUGUACACAACACUUGAAUUGGAGUCUGCCAGAAUGGAAGCCAACGAGGAAGUGAGAAAGAACAAAGAGACGGUGAAGCAUUUAAUCCAACUCCUCAAGGCUGCUAACCAAGAAAGGGAUGAAGCUAAAGAUCAACUGCAGAAACUGCUAACCAAGGUCUUGCCCUCGAGCCCAACUGAUGUCUUCACCAACCUUCCUCACAUUGAGCCAGAGACCCCCCUCGUCCUCCCCAACAAAACCAACUCCAGCAUAACAGAAUCCAAUAGCCUUUCAGACACGUACAACCACCCCUCCCAUGGAUCCUCCCCGGUCGAGUCCUUCUUCGACCCGGUAUCGGUGUCGGGAUCGACUCCCGACUUCUCAAACAUCAACAUGGCUGAUUCAAACAACAUCAAUGCACAUGUCAACCAGCCCCUUGUGCUAGAUCACCAGUACAACGCAUCAAUACCGACCGCCGGGCUAAUUCCUUUGGCGACCCCGAAGAUCGAUCACGCCUCAUUGGUCAUGGACAAUCUUGUUAAGGGGAAAGCUCUCCCGCAGAAGGGAAAACUUCUGCAGGCCGUGAUGGAGGCAGGGCCACUCCUUGAGACACUUUUCUUUGCAGGGCCUCUGCCCCAGUGGAGGAACCCUCCCCCUCCACAGCCAUUGAAGGUUCCUCCCAUUUCGAUCAAGCGGUGCGACUCGGGGUUCCUCGGCGCGAAAGCUACUGCGAAUCCUUGCAACUUCGCUCCCAGAUUGAUGAAUUCCCCUGUGCCAUUCCUGGAGAUGGCUUGUGGGUCGUCUCAAAUGCAUUCAAAUCCUAUGCUGAAUUUUGCCGGAGGUCAUCCUGGAUCAUGCCUGAGCAGCAUGCCUUUGUUGACCACCGGUGCUAAUUUAAACAUUCAACUCCCAAACAGCAAGCGUCAAAGGCUGCAGUGAUGCUAGGAAUUUUUUGUUUCUCUUGUAAAAAGAAAUUUUAGUGCCACAAGCUGCUAUUUUGAUUUUGGGAACUCAAUAACAUUUCUGCUCAACUAUUAAUUUUU